UGGCACAAGACUCCGGAGCGCGUAAACAAAAGCACAUUGUGUGUGCCGCUGCUGUCCAGUCUGCGCGCCGUGAGCGGACGAAGUGAGCAGUCAUUUCCACUGAUCUGGACAGAGAGCGUUCUUAAUGGGAUUAUUUUAGUGAUUCUCCUGCCCUGCGAGGACAUCUAAGGUGGACAAAGCCUAGAGGAGAAUUACAUCUUCUGGAAAAUAGGACUGGAAGAGAUCAUGCCUUGCGUCCAGAACCAGUGCGGCUCCUCUCCACAAGGCGCCAGUCCCGCGUCUCAGAGCGCCGGCGCAGAGCGCAGCUGCGACUUCCUCACGCCGGAGUUUGUCAAGUUCAGCAUGGACCUGACAAACAGUGAACUCUCGGCUGCCUCAUCCGGACCCGGCUUCGGUCCUCUGGUCGACAGCUACGGCGCCAGCUACGACGCGAAGCCGCCGUGCGUCUUCCAGAUGCCGGCGGUCCAGACGGAGCUGCCGUGCGUCAAAGUGGAGGAUGCGCACGGAUGUCCGCGCUAUCAGAAUCCCCUGCACUCUCCGGAGGAGCUGCUCUCCUCCCAGAGCUCCGUGUAUUACUACCGCAACCCCUCGCCGCACAGCUUCCACUCUCCGCAUGGACACAUCUGGGAGGAUUCCGGCUCUCUGUACAAAAACGCCCUCUCCAGAUUGUCCUUGUUUUCUCUAAAACACACGCCGCACGCUACGCAGAGUUUCCCCACCUGCCAGGUGAAAUUUGACGUCUCCAUGAACUCCAUGGACGCGGGCGGAUCGCACCAACAGCAAGGGAAGCAGCUCGGGAUGAGCUUCCCGCGGCCUCUCCAGUUCGCCCACAGCCACCACUUUAUGGAAUACCAGACCUCUUCGGGAGCCGGCCGAGGACCGAUGAGCUCGGAGGGGCUGUGCGCGGUGUGCGGGGACAACGCAGCCUGUCAGCAUUAUGGAGUGCGCACCUGCGAGGGCUGCAAAGGCUUCUUCAAGCGAACGGUGCAAAAAAAUGCCAAAUAUGUGUGUUUGGCUGCAAAAAGCUGCCCUGUAGACAAGCGAAGGAGGAACCGAUGCCAGUACUGUCGCUUCCAGAAGUGCCUUGCCGUGGGAAUGGUCAAAGAAGUGGUAAGGACAGACGGUCUUAAAGGCAGAAGAGGUCGUCUGCCAUCCAAACCUAGAGCUCUACCAGACUCGGUUUUACAUGGCAGCACCCUUCUUAGUGCUCUGGUUAGGGCACAUAUAGAGUCAAACCCUCCAACGUCUCGCCUGGACUUCUCUAAAUUCAAGGAGAGUCCAGGAAAUCUGCUGGGUGACGAUGCUCAGCACGUCCGUCAGUUCUAUGACCUUUUGACACGAUCGAUGGAAGUCAUCCGGAGUUGGGCACAGAGGAUCCCAGGUUUUGCCACCCUGCCUAAACUUGACCAAGACCUCCUCUUCUACUCAGCUUUCCUGGAGCUAUUUGUACUACGACUGUCGUACAGAUCCAGUCCAGAAGAAGGAAAGCUGAUCUUCUGCGACGGCUCGGUGUGGCAUCGACUGCAGUGUCUGCGAGGCUUCGGGGAGUGGAUCGACAGCAUUGUUGAAUUCUCCGCUAACCUGCAGAGGAUGAACCUGGACGUUUCCACCUUUGCCUGCAUCUGUACCCUGGCUUUACUCACCGAGCGCCACGGGCUGAAGGAGCCAAAGAGGGUGGAGGAGAUGCAGAACAACGUGGUCAGGUGCUUAAAAGACAACGGAGCUGCAGGUCCAGAUGGAGGGGGCCCAAACCGGUGGUCCAACCACUUGUCCAGACUUCUGGAGAAACUGCCUGAACUCCGCACUCUGUGCAUCCAAGGCCUGCAGAGGAUUUUCUACCUGAAGCUGGAGGACCUGGUGCCACCGCCCGCUGUGAUAGAUAAGUUAUUCCUGGACACGCUGCCGUUUUAGAGACUUUUCGUUUUUUACACAGAUGUCGGAGUUUGACUUCUUUCCGAAUUCAUGGGUGAUUCCUGGCAGUCUGGGUUGUUUGUUCUGCAUAAAAAAAACGCUUUAAAAAUCGAAAUUCAAGUUGCUGGGUGAGUAUUUGGGCCUAAACAUGUUUGGCCUCUACAAAUUGUAAUUCUUUAUAGGGUAACUGUAAAUUAAGUAAAACUAUGUUUGGACACAUUUUUCUGCCUGUUCAGCUUGUAUAAAGCAUUUUGAUAUAGAAGUGCUUCUUUUUUCCAUGAUUAUAUUUAUUAGUGAAAUAUUGUUCAGUCAUAUUAGCUACAGAUGGUCAGCUGUGUUCAGUCUGUCAGUCAUGUCCAUGAUUUAAUAAAACGUUCAAAUUAAGUUAU